CGUCGGUGUUUCUCCACCCCUGCUGAAUCGUCAUCGUUGUCCUAUUUUGAGAAAAAAGAUCUCACAGUAUUUUUGUAUAUUAGUAUCAUAGAAAACCAUUAAAAGAAAACACUUGUAUUACCAGUAAAAGCAGCCCAGCAGCGCCGACCACUGAAACAAUAUCCCGAGCAAGCACGAGGAGCGGAGAAAAGAACACACAAAACCAAACAACUGCCCCUGCCCCGAUUUCGUGAAUCACCAACGGAAUUAUGGAACAAACACAGAUUACAGAUGCAGAAAAGGUGCGCAUUGUGUCCGACUUCAUUCUGCACGCUCCGCCCGGCGAGUUCAACGAGGUGUUCAACGAUGUACGCGAGCUCCUCAAGAACGACGCCCUGCUGAAGGACGGUGCCAGCCACGCCUUCUCACAGUACAACAAGGACCAGCUGACACCGGUGCGCAUCGAGAACAGCAACCACAGCGCCAUCAUUUCGGAGUUCAACGAUUUGGGCAACGGUCGCUUCUAUGAUCCACGCACAAACAAGGCCUUCAAGUACGACCACCUACGGAAAGAGGCCUCCGACUACCAGGAUGUGGAUGCGGAUGCCAAUGCGGAGACCUGGAGGGCGGCCCUGGAUCUGGAGACGCUUGCAUACACUGCCAAUCACUAUAGGCACGGGGUCAGCUCCGUGUUUGGAAAGUCGCAGGGCAACCAGAUUACGCUCACCAUUUGCAUUGAGGACCACCAGUUCCAGCCGAAGAACUACUGGAACGGCAGAUGGCGGUCGCAGUGGCACGUCACCUUCCAGGCGGGCAGUGGCUUGGCCGAGCUGAAGGGCGUGUUGAAGGUGCAGGUGCACUACUACGAGGACGGCAACGUUCAGCUGGUGUCCUCGAAGGAGUGCCGCGAGAGUGUUGUGAUCACCAACGAACAGCAGAUGGCCAAGGAAGUGAUGCGCCUCAUCGAAGAGGCUGAGAACGAGUACCAGUUGGCCAUUUCGGAGAAUUAUCAAACGAUGUCGGACACGACUUUCAAGGCAAUGCGCCGCCAGCUGCCCAUAACCAGGACCAAGAUCGACUGGAGCAAAAUCGUCUCGUACAGCAUUGGCAAGGAGCUGAAAACGCAAUAAGACCAGGAGCUGCAAGCGGAAGCGGAACCAGAGGGGACAGCACAGCAGUCGACAAAGCGGCCCAACAGUCUUCCACUUGCAAUGGCCAAGCGAGAUAUGUAACUGAAAAAUAGCAGCAUUAAAAUUAUAACAUCCCGAGCAACGAGCAGGAACGCGACACACGCAGAAGAUGAAACAGGAUCACGAAUACAAGUUAAAACUAAAUGUCUGUAAUUUGCCUAUACACAUACACACAUACAACAUAUACAUACAUGCGUACAUAUAUAUAUACAACGUGUAUUUACAAUGUGUUAUAUACUAUAACUAACGAUGAAUGCACUGCACUGCACAUGCAUAGCUGCAUAUAAAUUUAAUUACGAUCAGAGAUGAUUCAAUUAAAUGAGUUUGGACAAUGAAUGAUGCGCUGUUGCCUCGUUUGGGUUACACUCGCCACCAAUUGUCGCCUUUAUCGUUUAAGAAUGAGCAUUAAACGCGGUUUUUAUCAUGUACGAGUACUCUGACUUAUGUAUUGUAUUAUUCUAAUUUUAAACAAUCAUCAACAAACACAAGAUCAGUGCACUAUAUGUAUGAGCAGCGUAGCUCGUGUGUGGGCCCAUCCCGUCCCGUCCAAUUGUAAGAAUGCUUAAUUUGGACAAAACACUUGGAACUGCGCCUCCGAUUGAAUGUAUUUCAACUAUUAUUAGAGCCUGUCUCAUGCAUAGUAGUCCACUUAGUACUACCCACAUUCAUCCCGUCAAGUUUUCUCAACUCAAACGCUUCCCCCAUUACCCGAACAUUAUUAGCAUAGGCAGCUAAGUAAAUGACAUUUUAGCCAGCUUUUCAUCAACAAAAGACUUUGAUUUUUUAACAAACAACAACAAUAAUAAAUGUGUAAUUAAAAUACCUUAAAUAUGAAACAUUUAAGAUUGCUUGAAUUAGUCAAAUUUAAUAAGAAUAAACUAACUAAAUCG